AAUAUAAUAAUAUGCGUACAUCGCAGCUCGUCAGUACUCGUUUGAACUUCCACAUGUGAAGACUACGGCCGUCGUAUAUUUUGUCGAUAAGCGUUCGAAUCAGUGACUCGACUAGUCUCAAUCAUGUUAUCGUUUCUCGCUGAUUUGUUGUUCGACAACGUCACUUAUAUUAGCUUGAUCGCCGUGUUCACGGCCAUCUACUACUAUUCCACUUCGACGUACGAUAAAUGGCGGAAAUUGAACAUACCGCACGAACCGCCCGUGCCGUUUUUCGGCAACACAUUCAAAAUGUUGACGAGACUCGAACAUAUGAUUGACAUGCUCGAAAGGUUGUACUACCUAUAUCCGGACGCCAAAUUGUUCGGGUACUACCAAAUGAGAGAUCCGGUACUGAUGGUCCGCGACCCGGAGCUGAUCAACACGAUACUGGUAAAGGAUUUUUCGUACUUCACCGACCACGGUGUAGAACUGGACCCGUCCACGUCCGUGUUGGCCAAAAGUCUGUUUUUCACCAACGGCCAGAGAUGGCGGACGAUGCGCCAAAAGCUGAGUCCGGGCUUCACGUCCGGCAAGCUGAAGGACACAUACUGCCAGAUCAACGAGUGCAGCGACGAAAUGGUGUCCGGCAUCGUCGAGACGCUCGAGAAAACCGACCGAAUGGACGUGAAAACGAUGACUGGAGCUUUUUCCACGGACGUGAUCGGUACGUGUGCGUUCGGCCUGAAGCUGGAUGCGAUCAAGAACGUCGACUCGAAGUUCCGCCGGUACCUCAAGAUGAUUUUCCAGAACGCCCCGAGACAGGUGCUAAUGAUGAUCUGCCCUAUAGCGAUGAAACUAUUAAAAAUCAAAUUGUUUUCGGAAGAGGCUACCAACUUUUUCUAUGACGUGUUCACCGACGUCAUCAAGUACCGCGAAGAGCACAACGUGGUCCGGAACGAUUUAACACAGACCCUUAUGGAGGCGCGUAAAGAGCUGGUGUUGAAGGAGAACUCGAAUAUCGAAGAAAAAUUCACUGAUGCUGACAUAAUCGGAAACGCUAUUCUCUUGUUCGCCGCUGGUUCGGAAACCGUGUCGUCUACGCUGUCGUUUUGCCUGUACGAAUUGGCGCUGAACAAGGAAAUCCAAGACAAGUUACGUGCGGAAAUAUGGUCGGCGAAAGCAAAACACGACGGACAGUUGAACAACGAUUAUUUGAUGGAUCUCCAUUACACCAACAUGGUGUUGGAAGAGACUUCUCGCAAGUACUCCAUUGCUGUUAACGUAAUGAGAGUGGCUACAAAAACUUACACUCUGCCCGACGAAUCGUUUGUUAUCGAAAAAGGACAACAGCUUAUUAUACCCAUGUUCAACAUACAUCGUGAUCCAAAAUACUAUCCCGACCCGAUGAGAUUCGAUCCGGAACGAUUUUCUACGGAACAAAAAUCGCAACGACCCAAUGGCACUUACUUGCCGUUCGGCGACGGGCCUCGGCUGUGCAUUGGCAAACGGUUUGCGGAAUCAGAGAUGAAAUUGGCCCUGUCCAACGUAUUGUCAAAGUUCGAAGUUUUACCGUGUGAACAAACCGAAAUUCCCGUUAACAUAAGAAACGGAUCGGGAGUUAUUUCACCGAAAAACGGAAUCAUCUUAAAAUUUAGACCCGUAUUCACGGCCAUCUACUACUAUUCCACUUCAACGUACGAAAAAUGGCGGAAAUUGAACAUACCGUACGUACCGCCCGUGCCGUUGUUCGGCAACUCUUUCAAAAUAUUGACGAGACUCGAAGAUCAGAUUGACAUGUUCGAAAAGAUGUAUUACCUAUUUCCGGACGCCAAAUUGUUCGGGUACUACCAAAUGAGAGAUCCUAUACUGAUGGUCCGCGAUCCGGAGCUGAUUAACACGAUACUGGUAAAGGAUUUUUCGUACUUCACCGACCACGGUAUAGACGUGGAAUCGUCCACGUCCGUGGUGGCCAACAGUCUGUUUUUCUACAACGGCCAGAGAUGGCGGACGAUGCGCCAAAAGUUGAGUCCGGGCUUCACGUCCGGCAAGCUGAAGGACACAUACUGCCAGAUCAACGAGUGCAGCGACGAAAUGGUGUCCGGCAUCGUCGAGACGCUCAAAAAAACCGACCGACUCGACGUGAACACGAUGGCUGGAGGUUUUUCCACGGACGUGAUCGGUACGUGCGCGUUCGGCCUGAAGCUGGACGCGAUCAAGAACGACGAUUCGAAAUUUCGCCGAUAUGUCAAGAUGAUUUUCCAAAGCACCCCGAAACUGCUAUUCUUACAGGUGGUGGCGAUGAUCUGCCCUCGAGUGAUAAAAUUAUUUAAAAUCAAAAUGUUUUCGGAAGAGGCUACCAACUUUUUUUAUGACGUGUUCGCCGACGUCAUCAAGUACCGUGAAGAGCAUAACGUAGUCCGGAACGAUGUAACACAGACUCUUAUGGAGGCACGUAAAGAGCUGGUGUUGAAGGAGAACUCAAAUAUCGAAGAAAAAUACACUGAUGCUGACAUAAUCGGAAACGCUAUUCUCAUGUUCGCCGCUGGUUCGGAAACCGUGUCGUCUAUGCUAUCGUUUUGCCUGUACGAAUUGGCGCUAAACAAGGAAAUCCAAGACAAAUUACGUGCGGAAAUAUGGUCGGCGAAAGCAAAACACGACGGACAGUUGAACAACGAUUAUUUGAUGGAUCUCCAUUACACCAACAUGGUGUUGGAAGAGACUGCACGCAAGUAUUCUACUGCUUUUAGCAUACUGAGAAAGGCUACAAAAACUUACACUCUACCCGACAAAUCGUUAGUUAUCGAAAAAGGACAACAGCUUAUUAUACCCAUGUUCAACAUACAUCGUGAUCCAAAAUACUAUCCCGACCCGAUGAGAUUCGAUCCGGAACGAUUUUCUACGGAACAAAAAUCGCAACGACCCAAUGGCACUUACUUGCCGUUCGGCGACGGGCCUCGUCUGUGCAUAGGCAAACGGUUUGCGGAAUCAGAGAUGAAAUUGGCCCUGUCAAAUGUAUUGUCAAAAUUCGAAGUUUUACCGUGUGAACAAACCGAAAUUCCCGUCAAUAUAAAAAGUGGAUCAGGAUUUAUUGCACCGAAAAACGGAAUCAUCUUAAAAUUUAGACCGAUCGUUGAACAUUGAAUUUGGAUUAUAUUAUUUUGUACAUUCAUAGUAUAGUCUGAUAAAAUAAUAUUUUUUAUCAUAUAUUCAUAUUAAUACUAAUUGUAAGUGUGUGUGCGCACGUGUGUGUAUUGUAUUAACGAGGUAUCAAUGAAUAAAAUUCGAACAUAACUAACAA